UUAAAUAUCCAGCUGUAUAAAAGAAAUAUGACUUAUGGAUGAUUAUUUUGUUGCCUCCUAUUUAUUUUUAUUUUUAAAUCAAAAUCUACAAUGAAAUAAGAUGCAUAAAUAUUUAUGUGCGCAACUAUCGAAUCAAUGUCAAUAGUUGUUUAAUAAAAGUGUGCAUUUAAAACAGUGCCAUUAAACACUUGACGAAUCAUUUGUAACUUUCUUUCCUUCUACAACAUCGGUUUUAACUUAUGUUAUUAUAGUUGUAGUAAUAGCAACUGUUCUCCAAAACAAUAACUUCAUUUGUUUCAUGCGUAGAGUUAUGGUUUGUAAAAAAACCUAUUUCAUCAUCUGCAAUAGAUUGGAAUUUUCGUAUUUUUGUAUUGCAACAAAACAAUGGUGUGUGUGUGCAUUUAAAUUGAUUUAGAAGAAUUUGUAUUAUGUCUACGCUGGAAGAAGGACAUGUCGACGAAGAAAGUAUUUCACGUUUGUCUACUCAAGAAGAAUACGAUCCUCUACCAGCACAAUUGAAAAAAGUCGAUGAACUAUUAAAAUCCAUAAGUACACAGUUGGAAGAUUGUGCUUUAAACUGGCAAGCCAAAGUUUCGCAUGAGCAAUGGAAAAUAUUUAGUUCAAAGACUCUUAUAAAAAAACCUUGGGAAGAAUCUCUAUUGGCUAGAACAUUUUUUUCCGACAAAAUUUUAGAUGAGACCUUUCAAAACUUACUCUCGAGCAAUAAAUCUUUCUCGAAGCAACUUAACGAUUUCAUCUUACAAAUGAAUAUACAGAUAUUUUUUCUAGUGCUCCUACAAAAUAAGCAGCCUGCUGCUAAUUCAUCGAUUUCUGAAAAAGAAAGUGUAGCAAAGUACUGCCCGGAUAUAACUGCUAAUGAAGAAAUAUCAAUGUCCAAGCAAAUCGCAGAAGCACUCAAUUUCUCCUUACCAAAGUAUACUAAUUCUAGUGUUUUGAGAAAAAAAGGGAACAUAUUGCAUACUCAUUUGCUUGCUAUUAACAGUUCGUUUGCUGACGUUAUCAAAGCUAAAGUCAAUUUUGAUACCAAGUUUUUAGGAUUCGAAGCAGUCUUGCAUAAGACAUCGACUACACCACCACCCAAUGAUGUUUCUUGUUUUUGCAAAAGUCUUUCAAAUGUAAUAAUCAUGAAA